AAAAUUUUACUUUCUGGCUUGGCACCACCUUCACUUUAAAGGAUGCGUCGCUCCUCUUCUUCCUCAACACCAAGCUCAGUGCUCCAUAAACACAUACACAGAGAAAGUGUGAGAGAUAAAGAGUAUAGGCUAAUGGCCAUAGACCAAUCUUAUUCCUAUAGCCAUGCAGAUGAUGACUACAUUGACAUUGAACUGAUGAGUUCUUCUAAUAAUUUCUUUCGCUGCUCCAUUAGCUCUCCACCUCAGAGCAGAGAGUUUGAGUUCCAGAUGUCUUCAAUGUCUAAUGACAAAGAAACCACCACUUCUCCUGCAGAUGAACUCUUCUAUAAGGGAAAACUCCUCCCUCUCCACCUUCCUCCUCGCCUGCAAAUGGUUGAAAACCUCCUCCAAAACCCCAGCAAUAAUACUUUUGAACCUUUCCAAGAAAACUAUUCUAUUCCUUUCAUUAUUAAUCCUCGCUGCUCCACCACCACCUCCUUGGAAUCUUCCAAUAUCUCACCUUCAGAAUCUCGCAGGUUUAGUAGUGAACUAAACCCAGAUGUGUAUUUCUUUGAUUUGUCAACUGAACCUAACAGCUGCAAUGGACACCACCAAAUAAAGAGAUCUUGGGCCAAAAAGUUGAAGGAAUCCUUAUUGGGUCAAAAGCUCAAGUCUUCAAGUGCCUAUCUCAAGUCUUUGUUCACUAAAUCUGGCUGCACAGAUGAGUUCUGCGCUAAACCAGCAGGAAAUGUAGAACCAGAAGCUGCCCCGGUUGGAAAAAUUUGUUUAAGCAAGUACAUGAAGGUGGCUAAGAAAAACUCGUUCAGUGAAAUUGAUAGUGAGAGAUUCAAGCUUUCAAAUACUCUCAUGAAAAGGAUGGAAAAAGAGAUGGCUAGAGAUGGUUUUCACAGCCAAAGGAGAUCCUUCUCUGGAGCUAUUCAACGGCAUUCUGUAAACAAUUCAUUAUCAUCUUCUUCUGGUUCUUCUUCAUCUUCCUUAUCAUCGUCUUUUUCAUUCAGUUCAUCAAAUGGGUUUUGUGAUUUACAAUUGCUCAAGAGAAGUAGCAGUGCGGAUUCAGAUAUAGAGAGUUCUAUUGAAGGAGCAAUUGCCUACUGUAAAAAAUCUCAUCAGCAGCUAUCUUGUUCAUUAUCAGCAGCUUCAAGAGUUUCAGCUUCUCGGGAUCAAGAAAGGGCUAAACUCUGCACCAUAUAAUGGCAAGAGAAUGCUAUAUGGAUCAAUGGAGAUUGGAUAUGAUAGAUUUCAAUCUCAUUUCUGAUCAAAAUGUUUAACAGCAGGGUGAUUUUCUUGAAGAAAGAGCGGUUUCAUUGUAUAUCAUCUUGAAGAUUUUCUUUUGGAGGCCCUUCUCUCUCUAGCGUCCUUGUACUUUUGCACAAAUUAUCGAGUUGUUCCAGUACGAUAAAUCCAAAAUUUAUUUUCUUGGCUGGAGAAUUUUCUUUU